AUGGCCAGGCUCGGCCUCGCCUUGCUCGCGCUCCUGCUGGCCGCCGCGGCGGUGGCCUUCGUCCCGGCCCCGGCGUCCGCGGGCGAGCUGAGCUCCAUAAUCCUGCAGCCACGGGUGUGCGACGGCGCCGUUGGGGAGUGCGGCGUGGACGAGGACGAGGAGAUGGGCACGGGCGCCGGCGGUGCCGGCGAGGCGCUGCGGAGGUCGCUGGCCAGGAAGCCGACGGCCAAGUACAUCAGCUACGCGGCGCUGCGCGCCGACCAGAUCCCCUGCAACAAGCGCGGCGAGUCCUACUACCAAAACUGCGGCUCCCAGGGGAAGCCGGUGAACCCCUACACCCGUGGGUGCUCCGCCAUCACGCGCUGCGCCCGCAACAUGAACUGA